AUGGACCCCGAUUUCUUAGAGACUGAGGCGCCGGACUCGUCCCGGGACGGUUUGAAUACUCAGGGUGUGUACAUCUACCGACCUGCGAAACCGAACAAACCCCAGAACGAACGGCCUUCAAAAAGACGAAAGGUCGAAUCGGAUGGUCAGGAGAGGCAGGAUAAGAAACCUCAAGGGACCCAGGCGUGCCCUUUCGUGCCGCUUUUGAACGGAGAAGAGAGCGCAUCCUCGGUCGAUUUGAGAUAUAACGCCUACCAACGAUUGUGGUCCAAACAGGAGGCAAAGAUUCAGGAGGUACUCGAGGAUGUCGACUCCAAGAUACUCGAGGAAGUGUCGAGUUUCGUCAAGGAGUCCUCGGCUCAAGUAUAUGAUGGCUGCAUACCCUCCGCAUUGAUGACCGUCGGGUCCAACGUUUCUUCCCUCGGCCGACUUUUGGCGCGACUCAACGAGAGAUUGAUAACAGGUGGAGAGGGAGGUGUGGUCGUAUUGGAAUCUGGCGAUGCGCCCAACAUUAAGACGACAUUGAAGAAUAUUAUUCGUGGGGCUGUUACAAAUACCGAAGGGAAUGAUGGCUAUCAGAAUUUCCUCACUGACCGUGAGGGGCCGAGGUUACUCGCAUACGAUCUUGACCUACUUAGCGACUAUGUGCAACGGAAAGGGGCGACCAAAUUGGUUCUCGCUUUUCGAGAUAGCGAGGCUUUUGACCCUAACUUAUUGACGGACCUUCUGUCACUACUGAGUUCGUGGCUUGAUCGGAUACCGUUUACCUUGCUAUUUGGUAUCUCAACAUCAGUCGAACUCUUCGAAGGGAGACUCCCAAGAUCUAGCGUUGCGCUACUUAGGGGCAAAUACUUUGAGCUCCAUGAAGCGAGCAACUGUGUGGAUCGUAUAUACGAGAAGCUACAGGCUGAAACGGACGGAGAGUUCUGGCUAGGGCGCAACAUUACCGGUGUUUUAUUUGAACGGACGAGCGACUACUUCCAUACUCCUGAGGCGUUUUGUCGAACAGUAAAGUAUGCGUACAUGUCCCAUUUCUUUGCGAAUCCGCUGGCAGUUAUGUUCUCAAGAGACUUUGCUGGAUUGCCUCAUGGGAAGCUCUGCCAGACGAUCAGAAAUUUACCAUCUUUCAGAAGGUUCUGUGAGGAUCUAGUCGAAGACGGCCAUCCCAAGCAAGUGCGGAACUUGCUAGAGAAUGACGCAUACCUGUUUCAAGAAUGCUCGAGAUACCUUGAGACAGGGCAACAGCAAAUGCGAAACAUCUUCGUAGCGGUGAAAAUGACCCAUGCCUUCCUGAAGCACCUCAAUCUCAGCAAGAAAACCGGAGUAUCGGACAUUUCAAUCCUUGCUCUCUCCGGGGAAUUGCAUGAUUCGCAGAUCGUGGGAGACAUUUUAAAUACGAUGAAAACGCUCGACUCGGAUGGCCUCAAAGGCUUACUCGCGACAGUUCCGGAAACACUGGCAGAUAAUCCUCAAUUGCGCGAAGUCCAAGCAGACUUCGAGGCUUUGUUAAAAGCAUAUCCAAGUUCAGGGCCUCUGCGGAGUGGAUAUGACAGCCGGAAUUCCAUCACAAAAGCCACCGUCGUCCAGCAGCGAGUUCAGGUGACAAAGAGCAAAGCUAAACAACCCAAGCAGAAUGUUGAAUACACGCAGAUCCUCGACCGCUUCCAUGCCACGCUCCAAGCAUAUUUCGCAGGUGCCUUGGUGAAACCGCAGGACUUAUUCCUGUACGAACUGUUCCUCCUUGACAUGAAGAAUCCCUUGAAAGACACCUUUGCACCCAGACCACGGUUCGCAAUCGAACGGGCAUUGUCUAGUCCUUUCGAUUACUUGAUGUCCACGUCGGACACGUCGGAGAACAGACUCUCCGCGAAACAGCCCGCGACGGCCAUUUUAUAUCAGCUCUACCUCGAAUCCGGGGCUAUUGUGAAUGCACAUGAUCUUUGGAGUGCGUUCUACGCCGUGUUUGAAAGUGACCAGGGAGAUAAGUGCGAUGAACGAGUAAUCAUGGCACUCUUUUACAGAGCGUUGUCCGAGUUGAAGGCGCUUGGCGUGGUCAAGAAUAGCCGGAAGAAGGUGGACCAUAUUGCCAAAACAUCAUGGGCGGGAUUGUAA